AUGAUACGAUUAGGUACACAGUGGCCACUGAGACGCCUUAAUCCGGCAGCAAAACGCGUAUCGGCCGCGCCAACGAGACCAAAUGCGCUCGAGCUCUCAGCGCGCCUGAGCACUGCCUCGCCACCAGGUGCAAAGUUCGAGACCAACACGAAGACCGGCCACGAUAAAGCACCGGCUGAAUCGCCUAUGGACCUCGGUAUAACGACACAAAAGAGGGAAAAGACAAUAGCGGAGCUGGAUGAGGAGCUGCGACUGAAGCUUGAGGGCAUAUCCGGAGAUGGGGGGGCCUCUGGUGUCGAGUACGAAGGCGGAAAAGCCGAAGGAUUAAAGAGGGGUGUCAAAGACAACAUGUUCAGGGUCAUAUGA